UAGAUUCACAUGUACAUUACCAUACAAGUCAGCGUUUUGUGAAGAAAGAAGUUCAACGUCUCUUAUUAUGGUUAUAUGCAUUAAAUUUAAAAGCAGGAAAACAUGGUUUCUAAAUUAGAGGAUAUUCCAGUUAUAAAUGCUGGACAGUUUCUGCUGGGAAGAUUGAAGGCUUUUAAUAGAGAGAAGAUUGCAUUGAUUGACGGCACAACAGAAGAAAAGUUAACAUAUGCUGAAAUAACAGACAGGGUAGAACAUGCAGCUGCUGGUCUACAGAAAUUGGGUGUCUGUAAAAAUGAUGUGAUAGCAGUUGUGGCACCGAACUGUCCUGACUAUGUUGUGGCGUUCUAUGCCUCCGCCCUCAUUUACGCUACAUUUCAACCUAUAAACCCUUUAUUCACAAUAGAUGAUUUAAAGAAAGUGUUUAAAGUAUGUAGCACAAAGUAUGUUAUUACAAUACCUGAACUACUCCCUAAAGUUACACCUGCUAUUCAAGAUCUACCUAAUUCUAUAAAGGUGAUUGUAAUUGGAGAUAAAGAUGCUGCAGGAGGUAACGUGACAUUUCAGUCGUUAGUUGAAACUUCCGACGGUCAGUAUACAACACCGGCUGGUAACCCCAAAAAAGAUGUGGUGGCACUUAUGUCAUCUAGCGGGACAACAGGCUUUCCUAAAGCUGUACUAAUUUCCCACUUUGCUAUUGUAGCAAAUACAUUAAUACAACAUAAUACACCAAUGAUAGCAUCAGAUAGCAACCUGGUGUCGUUCCUGCCACUAUUCCACAUGUAUGGACUGUAUGUGAUGACAUACUAUAGUCAUUUUGUUGGAGCAAGUUUGGUUCUCAUGAGAAAGUUUGCACCUGACGAUUAUCUUAGACUUCUAGAAAAAUACAAGCCGACAGUUAUACAGACAGUUCCACCAAUAAUGGUCAUGUUUGCCAAGUACCCAAAGGUAGCAGAUUAUGACCUCUCCUCCAUCAAGGUUGCAGUUUGUGGAGCUGCUCCACUUAGUAAAGAGAUAGAGGACAUGGUGAAAGAGAAGCUUAAAAUACCAUGUGUUCAUCAAGGAUAUGGGAUGACAGAAAUUGGUGUAUCACAUAUAAAUGGUAAGACAGAUUUUAAACAUAAAUCUGUGGGCAAACGUCACUCACUUGUACAGAUGAAGGUAAGUAGUCAUAAAAUAGUAGAUUUUCAAGAUUAUUAAUGGCUUCUUUCUUGCAU